AUGGAAGAGAAUGAGGAGAGUGAAGAACUGAGCGAAGUGGAGGAGAAACAUGUCAAACCUGGAGAAAAACAUCUUAGUCACUCAAAGACUACAAAGACAUUUGUAAAGAAAAGAAAAGCCGAACAAUCUUUAAUCUGCACUCAGUGUGGAAAGAGUUUCGCAUUCAAACAAGGUCUUAAGCGUCACAUGAAGAUUCAUACAGCAGAGAGACCGUUCAAAUGUGAUCAGUGCGAGAAGAGCUUCUCAAGAAAAGCGUGUCUUGAGAUUCACUUUAGGAUCCACACUGGAGAGAAUCCCUUCACCUUGCGGAAGAAAUUCACACACAAAGAAAGUCUUCACCUUCAUAUAAGGAUGCACACCGGAGAGAAGCUGUGCACAUGUGAUCAGUGUGGGAAGAAAUUCACACACAAAACAGCACUUCGACAGCACAUGAGGAUCCACACGGAAGAAAGGCCGUACGCAUGUGAUCAAUGUGGGAAGAGUUUCAAAUUGUCAUCAUGCCUUAAUUCACACAUGAGAAUCCAUACUGGAGUGAGGCCAUUCACAUGUGAUCAGUGUGGGAAGAGUUUCGCACACAACUCAAACCUUAAGCAACAUGUUAGGUUUCACACUGGAGAGAAGCCAUUCAUGUGCGAUCAGUGUAAGAAGAGAUUCUCAAACAAAAAAAAUCUGGUCAUUCACACUAGAGUUCACACCGGAGAGGAGCCGUUCAUGUGCGAUCAGUGUAAGAAGAGAUUCUCAAACAAAAAGAAACUUGAGCUUCAUAUGAAGAUCCACACUGGAGAGAAGCCGUUCAUGUGUGAUCAGUGUGGCCAGAGUUUCACGCUAUCACAAUACCUUAAGAGACACAUGAAAGUCCACACGGGAGAGAAACCGCACACAUGUGGUCAGUGCGGAAAGAGUUUCUCGCAAUUGUCAAGCCUUUAUGUUCACAUGAAGAUGCACACGGGAGAAAAGCCAUUCAAGUGUGAUCAGUGUGGAAAAACCUUUUCUUGCAGCAUCAAACCUGAAGAUACACCUGAAAGUUCAUACGAAGGAAAAGCCACAAUCAUGUUCUGAAUGUGGAAAGAGUUUCUCACUGCUGCAAAAUUUAAAAUCACAUCAGAAAAUACAUACUGGUGUGAGAAAUCAUAUGUGCUUUGAGUGUGAUGAGACUUUUAUUUCAGCAAGCCUUUUAAAACGUCACCAGAAAAUUCACACUGGCGAAAAACCUCACAAGUGU